CCUUGACAUUUUAUCCCCCAGAGCUGCAUACUUGGAGCUAGCUUGCACGUCCCAGUCAUGAAGUUCUGGAGGUGGGGCGGGCUUUAAUUUGCUUCUAUCUAAUGAUUUCCGAAGCCGGGCUUUAAAAUGGCGGCAUCCGUCCUGCACCCCUGCUAAAGCCUCCCCCAGCACUUGGGCGACUUUGCUUAGUGCUGCUUUUGCUUCUGCAGCUAACAUAUGGCAUGUGCUGCUGCUGCUGCUGCUGCUGCUGCUGCUGCCGCUGCAGCUGAGAGCUGGGCCCCGUAGUAGCCGAUCCAGCCGCCGCUGCUACUCCUGACCAUCAGCGGAAGGUAUCAAGACCAUAUUUGUCUCAGAAGGAAUUUGGUGACUGAAAAGUGCCUUUUCUGAAAUCUCUACUACUUGGAUUUCUCUCUAGGGCUGCCUCUCCCAAACCUCCACCCCCCCACCCACUCCUUUCUUUUAAAAAAAAAAAUUGGCAUUGCUUUUAGUGCAUAUCCUGACAGCAACUCAUCCAUCCUUUUCCCCCUCCUAGUACACAUCAUUUGCUCGGCCAUUUUCCCUCCCUCGUCCCCCCCCCUUUUUAAAUUUAAACAGUUGCAACAUCCUUGCGCUUGUUUGAACGCUUCCCAACCGUGAUUUUUUUUUCAAAGCCAGAAAUAAGGAAGACAAAAAAAAAGUUUUCUCCCCAAGGGCCCAGGCCCCUCCACAAACCGAGGCGCUGCCAACAACAUAUGCUUUUUGCAGAGAAUAAUUGAAACCAUUUACACUGGAGAGAGCAUAGAAUCCCUUGGAAAGCCUGCUAGCUCUUUCCAAGUAACUUGGGGCAGAGGCGCAGUCCCCCCUCCCCCUAGUCGCUAUUGGACCUCCUCCCAAUGCACUUUUAGGAGCUGGCCUUGAAUCUGAUUUUCAGUUCUCCUGUUAAGAUUUCCAUUGUGUAAUUGGCUUUAGAUUGAAUUCUCAUUCGGGUAGACCCGAUUGGACUUCAACAAAAACCCAAGUGCUGACAAAUCUAAAAUUUUACCAAAGCAACGAGAUUGGUUUCUUCACGGUUCACUUGAAUUCACUUUUUUAACCCUUUUUAAAAUUAGCGGGGACAUUGUCCUUAAAUAAAAACAACUACAAGCCCCAAGAAAGAGUACAGUUGCUAGCUCCCCCUUGUUUUUACAAUGGCUGUCAACGUCUCUUUGGUUCGGGAUACAAAAUGGCUGACUCUAGAAGUAUGUCGAGAGUUUCAGAGAGGUACUUGUUCUCGAUCUGAUGCAGAAUGCAAGUUUGCCCAUCCAUCGCGGAGCUGCCACGUGGAAAACGGUCGUGUGAUUGCCUGCUUUGAUUCUCUCAAGGGCCGCUGCACCCGAGAGAACUGCAAGUAUCUUCACCCUCCUCCCCACCUGAAGACCCAGCUCGAAAUUAACGGACGUAACAACCUGAUCCAGCAAAAGACGGCGGCUGCCAUGUUUGCGCAGCAGAUGCAGUUCAUGCUCCCAGGCGCUCAGCUCCAGCCAAUCACCACAUUUCCUGUGACUCCAUCGCUUGCGACUAGCCCCACCAUGGCUUUCAGUCCUUAUCUAAGUCAUGUUUCUCCUGGUAUGGGCUUGGUUCCUGCAGAGCUUUUACCAAACGCGCCGGUGCUGAUGUCUGGAAACCCACCUGUCACAGUGCCAGGAGGCACUGCUGCUCAGAAAUUGAUGCGUACAGAUAAACUGGAGGUUUGCAGAGAAUUUCAACGUGGAAACUGCACCCGAGGUGAGAACGAUUGCCGCUAUGCCCACCCUGUUGAUAUUGCCAUGAUAGACGCAAAUGAGAACACCGUUACCGUGUGCAUGGAUUACAUCAAAGGCCGAUGCUCCCGGGAGAAAUGCAAGUACUUUCAUCCCCCUGCACAUCUGCAAGCCAAAAUCAAGGCAGCUCAACACCAGGCUAACCAGACAGCUGCAGCUGCAAUGCAGUGGGCCCUUUCCCGCCAUGCACAAGUCAGGUGGCCUUCUCUUCGUGGAAAGAUUGAUGCCAGGUCCUUUUGGGGAGCUAGAAGAUACUCAUUGUAUUCCUUGCGUCGAAUAGCGGCCCUGGUACCCCAGCUUGGAAAAACUCGUUUAGCAGCCCUGGCCCUGCCACCUGGUGCCCUCCAACCUUUACCAAAGAGGCCAGCACUUGAAAAGAACAACGGUGCCACCACAGUCUUCAACCCAAGUGUUUUCCACUACCAACAGGCUCUAGCUAACAUGCAGCUGCAGCAACCAACAUUUAUCCCAACAGGGUCAGUACUGUGCAUGACACCCACUGCAAGUGUUGUGCCCAUGAUGCACGGUGCUACGCCCACCACUGUGUCCGCAGCAACAACACCUGCCACCAGCGUCCCCUUCGCUGCAACAGCUACAGCCAAUCAGAUAUCCCAGUUAUCAGUAGAUGAACUGAGUAGCAGCAUGUUUGUUUCACAGAUGUAAACGUAACGAAUAGAAACAUGAAAAUUGUGAACAGGAAAAUCCUGGAGUAUCGGAACCUCUCCUUGGGACGCUGCACAUGGUCUUUCUGUACCUUUUCCCAUUUCUCCUCUUUUACCAUCUCGACAGUAAGCCUGUUGCAGCAUACAUGUUAACCAA